UGACAUCCUCGCAUCAGCACCACUCCGCGCAUCCCUUCAUGCGCGCUCUGGGCACGGAGGUGGAGGCGGAGGCGGGGGUCUCUCUCUCUCUCUCUCUCUCUCUCGGUUCAGCCAUUUAAAUAUCAAGUCGUGCAACUGGUCAGGGGUACUGACACCAAGACGCUCCGCUUGGAUCGGAUCAUUUCUCGGCUUUUUCAAGAGGAGCGUCGCGCGGGAUGUCGAGCCUCCUGGAGAACCCUCUGCAGGCGGUGCUCUAUCUGAAGGAGCUCACCGCCAUCGUGCAGAACCAGCAGAGUCUGAUCCAAACCCAGCGAUACCGGAUAGACAUACUCGAGCGCCGGCUGGAGGAUCUAGCGGUUGAGAAUCGGCAUCUGCGGGACUCCAGCAGCCAGCACCGGCACCCUCCCCGCUAUCAUCCGCCUCCGCCCCCCCGGACCUCCAGCCUGCCCCGAACCAGCAGAGCAGGGACGCCCCCGGUCCAAACCCAGCAGCAGCAGCAGCAGCAACAUUCCCCUCUGGACAUGCAGCUCGUUCCAGCGGGACCAAGCAAUGCCAGUCCAGACUCUGCUGAUGAAGAUGAUAAUGAUGCUCAGGACCCCUGCUGUCGGUCCCUGGUCCCACAGACACCUGCCACCUUGUGCCGAGCUGUGGGACUCCCACGGGCAUCUGAGAGCCAGACCGUCCUGCACCAGUUCUGCUGUCCUGCACCAGAGGCCCCAGAGGGAGACUCUAUAACCUGCUCCAGCUCGAUUCCUGCUGCAGGAGAAGAACAGAAAGAUGAGAAAAAAGACGCCCAGCAUGACGCGCCGCCCUGCUCACAUCCUCCAGAAUAUGAGCUCUCUCCUGAUCUCAAACAAAAACAGAUAGAGGAACUGGAGCAGAAGUACGGUGGUCCUCUGAUUUCCCGGCGAGCGGCUUGUAAGAUCCAGACGGCGUUUCGUCAGUACCAGCUCAGUAAGAACUUCCAGAAGAUCCGGAACUCGGUUCUGGAGAGUGGGAUCCCGCGGCGCAUGUCUGUGCGCAGGGUCCGGGUACAGAGGGACGGGUUUUCUGCUGAACGGGCGCUGAUGGAGGGAUGUUCACUCAUGGGCAUCCCGCUCACACACUCCACUUCACUGCCGGUGGCUACUACCACCACACUCACACACCUGGAGGACACAUUCACUGAACAGGUUCAGUCAUUAGCGCGGUCUAUUGACGAGGCUUUGAGCAGCUGGAGUUCUGUUCGAGACGGGGAAGAAGAGAAGUCCACUGUGGCCCCUCCCUCUGGAUCCCAUACCGAGGGGCUCCUGAUGGACCCUGAUACCACGCAGAGCAGCUGUGGGGUGAACAUACCCCGCAGCGCCAGUAAACUCAUGAUGGCUUUCAGGGACGUGACUGUUCAAAUUGACAGCCACAACUUUCGCCUCUCCUCCUCAAUGCUGGAGUCAGUUUCUCUUGGUAACGGCGUAGCCAAGGAGACCAGCUCAGAACCCCAAACUGGGGAACAGAAAGCAGGCCAGUCAGCAUCAACAGCUACGGCAGAGCCUGAGUUUCCAGCUCCGCCACCCAGUGAAGAAGAGAAAGAGAACCAACAGCCAACCAGAAGGGACGAACCAACAGCAGGGGCGGGACCGGAGGGGAAACAGACCAAUCAGAUUGCACCAGAGACGGCGGAAAACAGCUCCGAGCCCGUCAGUAGCAGCAGCACCUCGACAUCAGCAUGUGAGACGAUGAUUCUGUCUCUGCCCCGCCCACAUUGUCAGGACACGCCCUGCGGCACGCUUUCCACGGAUAUUGCACGCAAACGCCUUUACCGCAUCGGACUCAACCUCUUCAAUGUCAAUCCAGACAAAGGCACCCAGUUUCUGAUAUCCAGGGGCUUUAUUCCGGACACAGCCAUCGGUGUGGCUCACUUCCUGUUGCAGAGGAAGGGUCUGAGUCGACAGAUGAUUGGAGAGUUCCUGGGUAACAGCAAGAGGCAGUUCAACAGAGAUGUGUUGGACUGUGUGGUGGAUGAGAUGGAUUUCUCCAUGCUGGAGCUGGAUGAAGCUUUGAGGAAGUUUCAGGCUCAUGUGCGAGUGCAAGGAGAAGCUCAAAAAGUCGAGAGACUCAUUGAAGCAUUCAGUCAGAGGUACUGCAUGUGUAACCCUGACGUGGUGCAGCAGUUUCAUAACCCUGACACCAUCUUCAUCCUGGCCUUCGCCAUCGUUCUGCUGAACACAGACAUGUACAGUCCCAACAUCAAACCAGAGCGCAAGAUGCUUCUGGAAGACUUCAUACGCAACCUUCGAGGAGUGGACGAUGGUGCAGAUAUUCCACGAGAAAUGCUAGCCGGGAUUUACGAGCGGAUUCAGCAGAGGGAGCUGCGCUCCAACGAGGAUCAUGUGACUUACGUUACCAGAGUGGAGCAAAGCAUUCUUGGAAUGAAGACGAUACUGUCGGUUCCUCACCGUAGGCUGGUGUGCUGCAGUCGACUCUAUGAGGUCACCGAUGUGAAUAAACCACAGAAACAGGCCUCACAUCAGAGGGAGGUGUUCCUCUUCAAUGACCUGAUAGUGAUCCUCAAACUAUGCCCAAAGAAGAAGAGCGCUGCCACAUACACGUUCUGCAAGGCCAUGGGCUUACUGGGAAUGCAGUUUCAUCUGUUUGAGAAUGAGUAUUACCCUCAUGGAAUCACGAUAUUGUCUCCGUUCUCGUCAGAGAAGAAGCAGGUGGUGAGUUUCUGUUCUCAGAGCGCCGAGGAGCUGCUCAAGUUUGUAGAGGACCUGAGAGAGAGCAUCGCAGAGGUAGCAGAGAUGGAACAAAUACGGAUUGAGUGGGAACUCGAAAGACAACAGGUUGUGAGAAAUCAAACUAACAAGAACGGCACACAACUAGACAUCCACGCCGGACCUAGUUCUGCUUCAGGGGAUGAUUUUUAUGAGAAAACGGGAAGCAACACGGUAGAGGUGUCAAUUCACAACAGGCUCCAAACGUACCAACUCAGCUCUCCUCUGGCCCCACCCAGCGCUCAGCAACACCUGGCCGUCCUGCCUAGCCCCGCCCCUGGCUCCGCCCUCACCAUCUCCCCCGACACCCUGAUCCAGUGCCAGCAGAUCGUGAAGGUGAUCGUCGUGGACUCUGCUGGGCGUGGCCACGUGGAGGCGUUCCUCAGCCACAACCCCGCCCAUCGCCUCAUCCAAUCGGCUGUCUCCACGCCCACCAGAUCACGGGAGGCAGGCAAACAGCAGCAGCAGCAGCCGCCCCUCCCUCCCCCGCCGCCUCCUUAUCAUCACCCGCAUCAGUUUUGCCCCCCGACCCCUCCGCCUCCACGCCACCUGCUGAGCCAACGCAGGUACUCCAGCGGGACACGCAGCCUAGUCUGAACUACACACAGAUCGGUUAACAGCUGUUAAAGGGACGGUUCACCUAAAAAGAACAUUCUGUCUUUAUUUAAUCAACCCCAUGUUGUUCCAAACCCAUAUGUGACACUGGAUCACAAAACCAGUCAUAAGAGUUGAAACUAAGAUUUAUGUCUCAUCACCUGAAUGAAAGCUGAUAUAUGAAUAAUAUAAAUAUAAAUAAGCUUUCCAUUGAUGUAUGGUUUGUUAGGAUUGGACAAUAUUUGGCCGAGAUACAACUAUUUGAAAAUCUGGAAUCUGAGGCUGCAAAAAAAUUUAAAU